AUGUACGACUCCCGUCCUAUUGAUACAAUGUACGAUUCCCCUCCCAUUGAUAUAAUGUACGAUUCCCCUCCCACUGAUACAAUGUACGAUUCCCCUCCCAUUGAUACAAUGUAUGAUUCCCCUCCCAUUGAUAUAAUGUAUGAUUUCCCUCCCAUUGAUACAAUGUACGACUCCCGUCCUAUUGAUACAAUGUACGAUUCCCCUCCCAUUGAUAUAAUGUACGAUUCCCCUCCCACUGAUACAAUGUACGAUUCCCCUCCCAUUGAUACAAUGUAUGAUUCCCCUCCCAUUGAUAUAAUGUAUGAUUCCCCUCCCAUUGAUACAAUGUACGACUCCCGUCCUAUUGAUACAAUGUACGAUUCCCCUCCCAUUGAUAUAAUGUACGAUUCCCCUCCCACUGAUACAAUGUACGAUUCCCCUCCCAUUGAUACAAUGUAUGAUUCCCCUCCCAUUGAUAUAAUGUACGAUUCCCCUCCCAUUGAUACAAUGUACGACUCCCGUCCUAUUGAUACAAUGUACGAUUCCCCUCCCAUUGAUAUAAUGUACGAUUCCCCUCCCACUGAUAUAAUGUACGAUUCCCCUCCCAUUGAUACAAUGUACGACUCCCGUCCUAUUGAUACAAUGUACGAUUCCCCUCCCAUUGAUAUAAUGUACGAUUCCCCUCCCACUGAUACAAUGUACGAUUCCCCUCCCAUUGAUACAAUGUAUGAUUCCCCUCCCAUUGAUAUAAUGUACGAUUCCCGUCCUAUUGAUACAAUAUACGACUCCCGUCCUAUUGAUACAAUGUACGAUUCCCCUCCUAUUGAUACAAUGUAUGAUUCCCCUCCCAUUGAUAUAAUGUAA